AUGGAUCAUCAUUGUCCAUGGACAAAUAAUUGUGUUGGAUAUUUCAACUAUGGCCACUUUAUCCGCUUUGUUUUCUGGGUAGAUGUGACAUGCAUUUAUCAUUUCGUAUUACUUGUCAAACGAACAAUGCGAAUGAUUGAAGAUGUAUCAUAUGUCAGGUUCGAUAAUGAACCAUCGACAGUAGAAAUCGUUUUUUUAAUUCUAAAUUACGCUGCUGUAUUACCUGUAAUAUUUUCUGUUGGAAUGUUAAGCUUAUAUCAUUUUUAUUGUAUGUGGACAAAUACCACGACAAUAGAAAAUUGGGAAAAGGAUAAAGUUGCUACGAUGGUUCGAAGAGGUAAAAUUAAAGAGGUAAUCUUUCCGUAUGAUAUUGGCUUUAUAGAAAAUAUUCAAGCAAAUCUUGGUGGUAAUCCGUUAUUCUGGUGCUGGCCACAAGAAAUUAAGGGUACUGGGUUAUCUUUCCCAAUUUCAAAAGACGCAGAUCCAACAAUUAUAUGGCCACCAAAAGACCCAAAUGCAGUUACUGCUGCUUCCUUGGCACCAAAACCAUGGGAUAUUUAUAAUAAUCACAAUUCUAUUUAUCGUAAUCAAAAGUCAUCUCGACAAUUUAUUCGAAGAGAUAGUGAAGGUUAUUUAGUUAGGGAUAUUUCGUUAGAAGAACGUGCUAUAUUAGCCGGUAACAAUGAGAGCGAAGGUGAAAGUGAACGUAUAGAUGACCCAUACCAUAAUUCUGACGGUAGUACGUUAUAUUCUGAUAGCGAUGAUUGUUCCAAUAAUGAAAGAGAUCAUCACAAAUUUUCAGCUGCUUAUGAACAACAAUCACCGAGUAAUAAAUAUAGUAUGAAAAGGGAUGAAGAUGAAGAUGAUAAUGGUAUUAAAACAACUAGACAAU